AUGGCGCUUCUUCCCAAUAUACCUGCUAAGCGAUACACAGAUGAAAAGGGUCUUCCAGAGGAGACUGUUGCAUUUCUCUUCCUCAUUGGAUUUGUCUCAGCCGGUAUAUCCGCCUCCUUUGCUGGCAGCUUUGCGGAUCGACAUGGCCGCCGGACAGCUUGUCUUGCUUACUGCGUCAUCUACUCCUUGUCCUCUUUCACGCUGUUGAGCGACAACAUAUACGUACUAUUCUUUGGUCGCAUUCUCGGAGGCAUCUCUGGAACUCUACUUUGGAGUGUCUUCGAAAGCUGGCUGGUGGCAGAGUUCAACAAGCUCAUGUUGGAAGAGGCAGAGGCAGAUACAGCUAUGAGUGCCAUCUUCAGCUUGAUGACCACUUCUAACACAUGUGUCGCGAUCGUCGCUGGUCUGAUUGCCGAGUGGCUAGUACGAACCACCGGAACUGCGAAAACACCAUUCAUGCUAUCAGCAGGUUGUCUCUCUCUGGCGUUCUUGGCCAUCACGAAGUACUGGGGAGAGAAUUACGGUGCCAGCAACCGCGCUUCCGCGGAGGGUGCAGCGCUUCUGCAACAAGAAGAGGCGGAAGCCAAGCAGCCGCCAACUUCCACUCUGCGAUCGAUUCUACGGGGUGUCCUGGUUCUUGCGUCUCUCUGCUUCUUCAUUCCCGGGCACGUUCGAGAUGAACGCAUCACCCUCUGGUGCUUCUGCAUCUUCGAGCUUUGUUGUGGCGCUUACUACCCUGUCAUGGCGUCGCUAAAGGGGAAGCUCGUUGACGAUGGCUUACGAGCUAGUGUCUACGGCAUGCUUCGCAUCCCACUAAACGUGUUUGUCGUGCUUGCACUAAGCACAACCAAAGAAGGUGAGGCGCACCGAGAUUUAGUGUUUAUAACGUGCAGUGCGCUCUUGAUCGUUGCGGCAAUUGUAGUUCACAAGGUCCUCGUGUAA